CACAGUUUUUAUAAAAGUCCAUGAAAUUACAAAAAGAAGAAUUGAAUUAGCAAUAAGGUUUAAUUCAGAAUAGGAUGAUUUUAGUGAAAAGGAAAUAAAUACUAGAGAGCAACAGAGAGUUGGAAUUUUCUGAGAAUUUCAAUUUGUAGCCCAUGAUGAUAUAUAGGGUAAAGCCUUGAUAAGCUUUCAUUUUAAUA